AUGAAGAGGCUCUUGUCAACUUGGCUGGGCCUCACAGUACUCUUUGUUGUUCUCACGCGAGCUUUCAAAGACCCCAGCCAGGUGGAAAAUCCCGAAACUGACAAUCUUCCAGGUUAUCAGGACAGGUCCAAUGACAGCAACGCUAUCUCAUACCUGAGAUCCAAAACAACGCAACGAGAUGCAAUAUACUCUGAAGCAGUUCAGCUUCUCGAAUCCAUGACUACAUCACCCUCAUGCACUCGCAUCGCAGCAACGAGGCUGGUGACAUCAUGUCAGUCUUUUGGAGGCAAGACAAGAUCGGAGGAGGAGCCUCCAGAGGCCCUGGAUUGCAUCCGGUCUGUCUACGCUGCUCGCCUCGCGAUCUGCGAACUCAAAGGUGCAGGUGCCUCUAUUCCCGCACCUUGCCUCCCGGUGACAAUUUCACCCCCAUCAUCUAAGAGUCGGUUCGGGUUCAUGAGUAAAUCCAACAUCCUUGGCACCGGUACUGAUCUAGUGCCCAAGGAGCUACUUGAGCAGUGUCUCAAGGCGCUGGAAUCACGGCCCCAAUGGUGGACCUCAUACAGCAAUAGCAGGCAGAAUGCAAUAGUCAUCUGUCAAGCUGCGCGGAUUGAGAUUGAGAAAGAGGAACUGCUGGACCUUCAUCGUUCUGUUUUGAGAAGUAGCGUCAAGCUGGAUCAAGGAAUUCACCAAGCUUUACACAAUGCCGCAAUGGAAGCCUCAAAACACGAUACCUUUCUACAGGCUGUUCAAUUGUUACAAAGGAAGCUUGUAACAGAUAUAGAGGCUAGUCAGUCUCUCUUUCAGCAAACACUAGGAGGUUUUCUUCGUGAUAUUGAACUUGGGAUUGAAAGGGUCGCUGCUGUUUUUGCUUCGGCCCUAGGUCAUGUGCAAUCAGAGACAGCAGUGCUCGGAAAGGGAAUUCGAAAUGCGUCCAGCCAGGUCGACAUGCUCCAACAGGCGCUGCAACUUGCGCACGAAGAAGCCCUAUCCAAAAAUCGGCUAGCUCUCCGCACACAUGACGACAAUAUUCUUGCUUAUCGCGAACUUGCUUCAGUACUACAACUAUCUCUUGAAUCACUGGUGGAGACAGAUAUGGCAAGACUGUCCCAGAGUAUAGGGAGACUCGAUGCUGCAUUGGAAUGGCUCACAAGCCGACUGGUCUUGAUCCUGGAGCAAGAGAACAAGAUGGCCGAGCGGCUGCAAACCAUGGAAACGACCAUGGAACAAUCGCAAAUGAGAGCCAAUGAGCUGCAGAAUGCGCAAAACAUGCAGGUCCAAGCGCUGUCAGCUCAAUCCCAAAUUCAAAAGGAGAUGCAACUCAAUUCACAGGUCUCUCAAGCUUUGCUGGACAAGACUACCGCGACUGCUUUCAAUCUACACGCUCUCAUCGAAGAAACCGCCACUAAAUAUAAGCAGAUCCCGAGAUUGCACCUCGGCGGCCUCUCUACCUGGACCUUUUGUGGUACUUUUCUCAUCCUUAUCGGAACCCACAACGUGAAAGCCGCCGUCAGUCUCUUCUUCUUGGUACUCGGGCAUUUAAUGGUGGCAUCGUUUCUGCGUUUCUUUUAG